AUGAAAGUUCUUCUAUUCAUAACAAUAAGCUACGUUGUUCAAUGUUGGUGGGAUGUAGGUCACAUGAUGACUGCAUAGAUAGCAAAGAAUUAUCUAAAAGAUAAUCGACCAGAUGUUUUAGCAUGGGCUGAUUCAUUGGUUUAAGAUUUAAAUCCACUUACAGAUGGAAAGUCUAACACUUUUGCAGAAGCCGCAGCAUGGAUGGAUGACAUAAAAGAAACAGGAACUUCAUUUAUGAAUGAUUGGCAUUAUACAGAUAGACCAAUUAAUCCAGAUGGGUUAUUGAUAAAGUUAGAUGAUCAAACUAGAAAUAUUAAUUCUAUUUAUGCAAUCAAUCAAGCAGUUUCUGUACUUACUAAUACCAAAACAGCUAAAAACAGACAUACAGUAUUUAAAGCAUAGAUGCUUAGAGUGCUACUUCAUGUUAUUGGAGAUAUGCAUUAACCAUUACAUGAUACUACUUUUUGGAAUGCUUCUUAUCCAAAUGGAGAUUAAGGUGGAAAUUUCAUGAAAGUGCAGGUAAAAUUGAAAAAGAUAAUUUUAGUUGGAAAAUGGAACUUUAGUAAAUUUGCAUUCUUUUUGGGAUGCAGGAGCAUUUGCCUUCAAUCCUAAUAAUUCUUUUCUAGUGCGACCUCUGAGUUAGAGUGAUCAAGAAUAUUUAAAUAAAUGGUCAUUAGACGUAAUAAAAAAGUAUUAAUUUACGAAAUAUAAUAAUUUGGAUAUGACGUAUUAUACAAAUUAAUAUUUAAAUAGUAAUCCAACAGUCUGGACUUAUGUGGGAUAUAGAUAAGCAAUUCAAUUUGUAUAUCCAAUGAUUGCCAAUUCUAAUAGCUACAAUAAAGAUUAUGUCCAAUAAGCAUAACAAUUCUGUGAAGAAAAUUUAGCUAUAGGAGGAUAUCGUUUAGCAUAGAAGCUAAUAGAUAUCUUUGACUAGAUUAUCAUAAAUGAAGCCAAGUUAUAAUCAGAAUAUUGAUUGUAAAUUUACUAUUUGUAUCUCAU